AAAAUCCGUUUUCUAAUCAAUUAUCUUUAAUUAACAAUUAAUUAAUUUAAUUUAUUAUUUCUUUCUUUUUCCUUUAACCGUUUUGAACGAAUAUAUAAAGGUCCCAUACGGAUUUUUUUUUUAAUGAAAAUUUUUAUUCGAACUUCAAAAUUUAAAAACAAAUUCAUGAUUUGAUGUCUUACUAAAGAAAUUAAAAUUAACGAUACGUAUUUAAAUAAAAGUAAAAGGUACUAUUAAAUACGGAAAAUAGGAAUGGGGUUGGUUUCUAGUGAUUUUUCAUUUGCUGAGAGAGUAAUAAUUGAUGUAUGGAUCUGGUUAUGGUUUAUCUAUCGGGUAUGGUCAACCGAUAGAUUUGCUAGUUUACAAUGGAGCAAAAUAUGUAAUUUCGAUUUAAAAUCAAUAAUUACGUUGUUGAUUUUUUUGAUGUUGCCUGUUCAAGCCAUAUUUGAUAUUGCAUGGACAUAUAUAAAAUAUAAUGAAGGUUUUAUUACUGAUACUUCAAAUAACAAAAUAUAUACAAAGCCAAUUUAUGAUGAUAAUGGCCUCCAUUGGUCGAAAGAAAAUUUAUUAUUAAAAACAUUCACAGAAUAUUUGUUAGCCUUUUGUUUUGCUUUUCAAAUUGGAACUUUGGCCCUUAUGCAAGCAUUCUGGAGUCAUUUGUCCAGUCAAAUGGGUGGUAAACCUUUUAUGCGAACUUGGAAAUUCAGAUUUUAUGUCGGUUGGGUUUUUGCUUCUAUGUUUAUCUUCCCAUUGGCGAGAGCUCUUACUACUAAAAAUGAAAUUCUCAUUGAGACCAUUCCUCAAUCUAUUUAUGCUACUCAAAUGUUUAUAAUCUUUUUGCUUGGAAUAAAAAAUGGAAAAAGGUUGAAUGGUUUAUUAAAAUCAAUACAACACACUAGAUCUCCAUCAGGUCAAGAAACGAUCCUUCGAAUUCAUUAUUUUAUUGAAAUGAAUGAAUCUUUGAUGGUUGGAGCUUUAUUUAUAAGUAUUGGAAUAUUAUCAAGUAUUUUUAUUUCACUUUAUGGAAAUCAUUCAGUUACAUCAAAACUUUUAUUGGAUAUGUUUAUUAUACAUGUAAAUUUUGGAAGUUUAAUAUUAUGGGUUACAAUGAUUUUAAUCAUUUAUCCUAGAUAUUAUAUAACUGGAACAUCAGGUGCUGUUUUGGUUAGUUCAACUCCAACAACCGUGAAUGGUCAAACUUUAAUAAAUGGUCGUCAUGUUUCAGGAGAACCUAGUACUCCAACCGAUAAAUUAGCUUAUAGUCGUUCAAAUUCCUAUAUAAUUAAUUUAAAUACACCGACGACUGCUACUUUUGCUCAACCGUCAUCACCGACAAAAUCAAUAGCAAAUUCGUCAAUAUAUAAUAAAAGUGUCGAAAAAUCUAUAAAUAGUUUAUUGGAAGAACAGAAGCAACAAAUUGAAAUAUUUAGACACAAAACAUCCACAUCAAUAUCUUCCAUUAAAACUAUAGAGUCAAAUUAUACUAAUGCUUCAACUUUUCCUAUAAUACCACCUCCCCCUUUAUUACCGCCUCCUAAAAAAUAUCCCAUGGAGGAUAUUCAAGAUGUUGAAGUUGAAGUUAAUUCAUAAAUCAUAAUAAUAAUAAUAAUAAUAAUAAUAAUAAUAAUAAUAAUA